CGAUUACACCAGACGCUCGUUGUUCCAGAUGCUCAACGUGCACAGCCCUUUACCGAACCUUGAUUAUCCGACAUUACCUCUUGCAGCCGCACGGCAUCCCGGACCCCGCUUAAUUCGCCCCAACUCCCAGUACUCCAGAUGACCCUGCCCGCGAAAAUCAAGUUGUAGUUUGCGCAAUGAUUCCGCGUUUGCACCGCGCUUGAGCAAGUCUGCUUUUAGGGCGACCUGAAUGACCAGAGUAUAUCGUCCUUCAACAAGGCAACAUUUCAGCAAUACCUAUACAUCCGAAAAGAUCCUGUUCUGCCAAGGGCUGUCUCCAAUCGCAGAGUUCCACUAAUUCACCACGCCUCAGGAAAGUUGCCGCUGCUGCUAAACCGGUGUGCUGCUGGAAUUUGAAAGCACGAUGUCACACCAGGACGGAUCCAUCACUAUAGGACGAUAUCUAUGGACAAGGCUGCGCCAAUUGGGUAUCGACUCCGUGCAUGGUGUACCGGGAGACUACAACUUGAAUUUGCUUGACUCGAUAUCUUCCGAGGGGCUUAGAUGGGUUGGAAGCUGUAACGAAUUAAACGCAGGAUACGCCACUGACGGGUAUGCAAGGGUCAAGGGCAUUGGUGCUAUGGUGACCACCGGCGGAGUGGGAGAGCUUUCGGCAAUCAAUGCCCACGCAGGCGCGUAUUCGGAGCAGACGGCCGUGAUACAUAUCGUCGGCAGUCCUGCUCUUUCAAUCAGAGGUAAUAAGCAGUUCCAAAUGCACCAUACGUUGGGAGACAAUGACUAUGACGUGUUUAAGAAUAUCUUCAAACCCGUCUCUGCGGAGCAAGUCACGCUCAUGGAUGCCUCACGCGCUCCAGGAGAGAUUGAUCAUAUUCUACAAACUUGCUGGGUGUCAAGUCGACCUGUUUACAUCGACAUUCCGGCAGAUAUGGCAAACAAGGUUGUCGACGGUUCCAGAUUGUUGUCACCUCUAUCCCUAAGCUUUCCUUCGAGCGACACUCAGCAACAGGACGAAGCGCUAGCUGCUCUUCUCAGCAAAUUGAUUGCCGCGCAAAACCCAUGCAUUCUCGUGGACAUGGGCGCAGCCCGCCAGAGGAUCGAUCGUGCUGUGCAUGAACUGGUUUCGAACUCACGUCUGCCAACCUUUGUCACACCACUUGCCCAGGGUUUCAUCAACGAGAGCCUGCCAAGCUUUGGAGGCCUGUAUGCUGGGAGCGGCUCACAUCCAGGGGUCCAAGAGUAUGUGGAGCGAUCUGAUUUUGUGCUUCACAUUGGGCCACUGGACACGGAUGUCACGACGUAUCUCGGCUCGGCAAGUAUCAGGCGGACAGCCGUCGUAAAGCUCUUCACCGACGAGGUCCAAAUCGAUGACAAGGUCUACUCAUCGGUGUACCUACAUUCUUUUGUCCCGACCUUGCUCAAGAGAGCCGACUUUUCGAGGACUUCGAUCAAGCCUUUUGUCGCUCCGACAGUAAAUGGGACGAUUGCGACGAAAGACAAUGACCCUAUCACGCACGCAUGGCUAUGGCCCUAUAUCGGCAGUUGGCUACGACCUGGCGACAUCGUAUCAACAGAUACCGGCACAGCCAGCUUUGGCAUAUUCGACACCAAACUGCCACCUGACAGCAUGUUGAUCAAUAUCUCUCUGUGGGCCAGUAUUGGCUACUCUCUGCCGAGUGCUCAGGGUGCCGCUCUCGCAGCUCAAGAUGCAAAGACCAGGAGACGCACCAUCUUGUUCCAAGGAGACGGUAGCUUCCAGCUGACAUGUCAGGAGAUAAGUACCAUGAUCAAGCACCGCCUGCAGGUUUUCAUCUUCAUCAUUUGCAACAACGGGUACACCAUCGAGAGAGCAGUACACGAAACCACAGAGAACUACAAUGAUAUACUGAACUGGAAUUACAAGGAGCUCCUGAGGGUGUUUGAUAGAGAGUCGAAACACUCUCGUGCCUUUGAGGUUCAUACCCAAGGAGAGUUCAAGGAUUUGCUUGCAGACGAGAAGUUUUCACCUUACGGAGGUGUGCAGCUGGUAGAGGUGUAUAUGCCUGAGCUUGACAUCCCGCAACCUUUGAAGAAGCUGGCAGAAGUCAUCACGGCCCGUCAGAGAGCUGCAGCAGGUCGAUAGAUAGCUUGCAGACCAACACUUGACUCCGACACGGAUGACAUUUGAGAAAAUUUGAAUUGAUAUUUACAUACAGGCAUUCAUAGAACUAAUCUAGUGAUGCAUUGGGCUGGGGCUGGGUUGUUUACGCAUACCAGCAUUUCUCUGUUUACUUGGUCAGAACAGCCUCGUUGCCAGCAUCUCUCUCACGUUCGAACUGUGUAUCCACCGGGUGCUGUCACUUUGGAUUUCUGCGAAACGCCUUCGGGUUGAAGGGCGGCUAUACAUGGC